AUGAGCUCCCGACCCCACAAGCAGUCCAUGUCCGAGCUCAAGCUGCGCCGACUUGUGGAACACAAUCAACGGUUGAGAGAAGACCUCGCGCGGCCGCGUAUGAGAGUCAGCGAGGCAUCAGCAAGCCUCAUCCGGUACUGCAAAAGUACGAAAGACCACCUGGUUCCUUCUGUGUGGGGUCCUGUGAGCAAGCAGGACGACCCUUACGCGCCACCCGAGCAGCCAUGCUGCAACUGCGUCAUAAUGUAA